UCUCUCUCUCUCUCUCUCUCUCCCAUUCAUUUCUGGCCCACCUCAUCACACCCAAGAUGUCCCUAAGAUCAAGGACCAAAAGCAUAAAGGACCCAACAAGGAUUACAACCAAUGAAUCCGACGGCCAAGAUCCAACACCGCCAACGGUAAUACCAUCUCCUUCACCAUCUCUACCGCAGCGAGCCGUCACCCAGACCUUAGCCAGCACAGCCCACCUAGCUAACCUCCUCCCCACAGGCACCCUCCUGGCCUUUCAGCUUCUCACCCCAAUCUUCUCCAACAAUGGCGCCUGCGACUCAGUAACUCGGUUCAUGACUCAGCUCUUACUACUUCUACUCGCCGCCUCUUGCUUCCUUGCCAGCUUCACCGACAGCUUCCGGUCAUCUGAUGGUCAGUUAUAUUACGGAUUCGCUACCCCUGGCGGCAUGUGGCUCUUUGACUACCCGAUUACAGAUUCCAGCUUUCCCGACCUUAGCAAAUACAAGCUAAGAUUCAUAGACUGCGUCCAUGGUGGUUUAUCUGUCUUAGUAUUCAUUGCCAUUGCACUCAGAGAUAAGAACGUGUUGAAUUGCUUAUAUCCACAGCCGGAGAAAGAGACCCAAGAAGUGUUGGAUAUCGUCCCAAUCGGAAUCGGGCUCAUCUGCAGCUUGAUGUUUGUUGUUUUUCCGACAAGGCGGCACGGUAUCGGUUAUCCUGUUACGUUGGGGAAAUGAUAUUGCCAUGAGAAUGGUAUCUUACUCAGUCGACUCAACUCAAAACUCAGUUGGGUCACCUCAAGUUGCCGGGUGUAGUCGGUUCAACCAUGACUCAGCUAUUACUGGGUCGACUCAACUCAAAACUGGUGACUCGGUCUGACUCUUUUUAUAAUGUGGAAACAUUGGUUGGUGGGAUUCUGUGUUUAGUUUUAUAAUGUAGUUGUAUUCAUUUGUUUAUUGAAAACAAUAAUUAUUAGAUAAUGCAGUUUCUAAUUAUCAUAA